GUUGUACUCGUAAAGUUCCUCGCAAAUAGUUUUCUUGUUCGGAUCAGCUGCCUUUUAGUUCGACUAUAAAAACUCAACGACAUAUACUACCAAGCAUGCAUAUUCAAAGCAAAGCCAUGGCAUCAUCUCUUUCUUCUCUUGCUUCCAUUUCUAGCACUUCUUCUUCUACUAGGACUCCAUCUGCAUGCUCUACUUUCUCCCAAAGAAAAUCAUCCUCACAAAUUUCUGUUGUCAGAGAAAACAAACUUAACCAUUUUAAAGUUAUCAAAUGUAGAGCUAAUAAGGAUCCGGACAAAGAUGCAAAUGAAAAUGGUUUUAUUGAUAGAAGAAACAUGCUUAUUGGUUUAGGAGGUUUAUAUGGUGCAACAACAACAGCUGGGUUCGGUGCUGGCCGCGAGGCUAUGGCAGCUCCAAUAGCUCCACCUGAUCUAUCAAAAUGUGGUCCAGCAAAUCUCCCUGCUGGUGCAGCACCAAUUAAUUGUUGCCCGCCACCUAACACAAAAAUCCUCGAUUUUCAACUGCCAUCUUCUUCUACUCCACUCAGGGUUCGUCCAGCUGCACAUUUAGUUGAUGAUGCGUAUGUCGCUAAAUAUACGAAAGCAUACGAACUUAUGAGAGCUCUUCCAGACGACGAUCCACGUAGUUUUAAACAACAAGCUAAUGUCCAUUGUGCUUACUGUGAUGGUGCAUAUGAUCAGGCUGGUUUCCCUAAUUUGGAAAUUCAAGUUCACAAUUCAUGGCUCUUCUUUCCGUUCCAUAGAUAUUAUCUUUACUUCCAUGAGAGAAUCUUGGGUAGUUUGAUUGGUGAUCCAACUUUUGCUUUGCCGUUCUGGAACUGGGAUUCUCCUGCAGGCAUGCAGAUGCCUUCUAUGUAUGCGAAUCCAGGUUCUUCUCUUUAUGACAAACUUCGCGACGCUAAACAUCAACCGGAUUAUCUAAUGGAUCUUAACUACAAUCUUGUUGAUCCUAACCUCCCUGCACAACAACAAUACACUAGUAAUCUUACUACUAUGUAUCGUCAGAUGGUAUCCGGUGCAAAGACUGCAACACUUUUCCUCGGAACUCCGUACCGAGCCGGUGGACAAGCGAAUCCUGGUGCUGGAACACUUGAGAAUGUUCCACACGGUACGGUUCAUUUGUGGACUGGAGACCGAACACAGCCUAACGUCGAAAACAUGGGUAAUUUCUAUUCUGCAGCAAGGGACCCAAUAUUUUACGCGCAUCACUCCAACAUUGAUCGGAUGUGGACUGUGUGGAAAAGUUUGGGAGGGAACCGGAAGGAUUUCACUGAUCCUGAUUUCUUGAACGCAGCCUAUCUUUUCUAUGAUGAGAACAAGCAGCUUGUCAGAGUCACGAAUAAAGAUUGUUUGACACAAGAAAAUCUAAGGUACAAGUAUGAAGAUGUGGAAAUUCCAUGGUUGCAAUCGAAACCCGUAACUCCUAAAAGAAGGGCAGCAGAGAAGAAAGCAGCAAAGAAGCAGGCUGCAAGCAAGACAGGGUUCCCUAUAGUACUGGACAAGACGGUUCAAGUUUUGGUUAAGAGGCCAAAGACAAAAUCAAGAAGCAAGAAAGAAAAGGAAGAUAAAGAAGAGAUAUUGGUUAUAAGCGGCAUUGAACUGGACAGAAGUGCCAUUGUGAAGUUGGACGUCUUUAUUAACAAUGAAGACGAGACCGGUCCCGAAUCGAGUGAAUUUGCUGGUAGUUUCACUAAUGUACCACAUAAACAUGGUAAGAAGAAUAAGAAAAUCAAGACUUGUUUGAAGUUGGGAAUAACCGAAGUUCUUGAAGAUUUAGAAGCUGAAGAUGAUGAAGAUAUUGUUGUUACCAUAGUACCAAAGGAUUCAGGAAGAGCAAAAGAAGUUGUUACUAUUGAAGGCAUCGAAAUUGAGUUUGGUUCUUAAAUUAUUUUUCGUUAUUUGGUUCUUUUUUAAUUGAAAGCUCUUGAAUUUUCAUUAUUAUCUGUGUGUUAUUGUAAGUACAACUCUUGGCAGUUGAUGAGAAAACUGAGACUUCCUUGGUAAUGAUGAAUUCAGGGAGAAUGGCGUAUAAGGUCAAUGCAACACACUUAGACGAACCCAAUGUAACAUCUACUGAACCACGAAUACUCGGAAUAAAUUUAUACUACUCUUAAAUAAUA